AUGAAUAAUAUUAAGAAUUACUUUUCCACUCCCUUAAGUCUAAUGAGCAAAAAUCACUUAAAUUCUGAGAUAGAUGAUGAAAAUUCAGAAAAUAAUUAAUAUAUCUCUGCUUAGUCUUUCACAAUAAUUCAAUCAUGUCUCAGUAAAACCAUUAUUGAGGAUUAUCCUAUAAAUAAAUUAAAAAGAAGCUAAGAAAACUAAUAAAGUAACUGGAAAGAUUCUUUUAAAUGGUUGUGA